AUGCAAAAUACACAUCAAAUACCAGAAUCCAGAAGAUGUGAACCAGCCAAAUUGUAUAAAAAAUCAUCUUUUGUUGAUGUAUAUGCAGCAUUGCAAUUCUUACGCAAUGGUGAGAAUUUUUGUGAUAUUAAACUUGAAACAGGAGAAAACAAUGUAAUCUUCGCACAUAAAGUGGUUUUAGCAUCGGCCAGUCCAUAUUUCUAUGCAAUGUUCACAAAUUUUUCAGAACGGAAUAGUGAGCUUGUUGUUUUGAAACAGAUAGAUUCUACCGCUUUACAACUCUUAGUAAACUUUAUUUACUCUGGAGAAAUCAUGAUCACUGAAAAAAACAUUCAAGUUUUAUUACCGGCUGCUGAUUUCUUGCAGUUACAAGAAGUAACAGAGGCAUGUUGUGAUUUUGCACAGACACUACUCUGCCCUAAUAACUGUAUUGGUAUAUACGCUAUAGCUGAUUUACAUGGUUGUGCAAAAUUGUUAACAAGUUCAGAAUUAUAUAUUCAACAGCAUUUUUCAGAAGUUGUUGGUGGUAAAGAAUUCCUAUCCUUAUCAUCCGAACAAGUUGUUAGGUUGAUCUCAAGUGAUAAACUUAUUGUUCCAUCCGAAGAAAAAGUAUUUGAAAGUGUUAUUCGUUGGGUAAAACAUAAAUUGGGUUCAAGAAAAUGUAUUUUACCCCAAUUAAUGGAACACGUAAGAUUACCGUUAACAUCAAAAAGUUACAUAUCAAAAAAAGUAGUUGAGGAACCUCUUAUUAAGAAUUGUUUGAAAUGUAAAGAUUACAUAGAUGAGGCAAUGCAUUUUCAUAAUAUACACAAGUCAGAAAAGCUUAUUCCACAAAAUAUCCGCAAUAAGCCCAGACAUGGAGAUAAAGUUAUAUUAGUUGUUGGUGGAUAUGAUAAUGAAUAUAGAAAGAUUACUGAAUGGUACGACCCAAAAAUGGAUCGAUGGAAUUAUGGACCAGAAAUGAUUACAAGUCGUGUAAAUACUGGUGUAUGUGUAGUGAAUGACAAUUUAGUAUUUGCUGUAGGUGGUUAUAAUUAUCAGGGUGAACCUCUUCGGUCUGUAGAUAUGCUAGAUUUAACUUCAGAUUCACUUUGUUGGAAACCGAGUGUUGAUAUGUUAGUUAAGCGAUCUAAUUUAGGAGUUGGUGCAAUCAACAAUUAUAUCUAUGCCGUCGGUGGAUACAAUGAUAAUGAUCGUAUAUUAAAUAGUGCAGAAUUGUUUGACUACAAUACUCAAGAAUGGCGUAUGAUAAAAAGUAUGUCUACUAAAAGAUGUGACUUAGGGGUUGGAGUCCUGAAUAAUAUUUUGUAUGCGGUAGGAGGAUCAAUCCCGCAGUCAGAUACUGUUGAAUGUUAUUAUCCCAGUCUUGAUACAUGGAACCCAGUCGCAAAAAUGUCUGUUCAUCGCAGAACUGCUGGAGUAGGAGUUUUAAAUGGUGUACUGUAUGCUGUGGGUGGUCAUAAUGGAUUUAAAUGCCUGAGUAGUGUUGAAGCAUACACACCAAGUACAGGAGUUUGGACGACUAUUGCUGAUAUGCAUAUGCCUCGACACCUUGCAGGAAUAGUCGCAUUAGAUGAUUUAUUGUAUGUUGUCGGUGGAGAAGAUGAAACUUCAUUUUUGGAUUCUACAGAAUGUUACAACCCCAAAACCAAUACCUGGUCCUUGGUGGCAGCAUCAAUGAAUCAUGAACGGACUUCAAUAGGAGGAGUAGCCUUUAAUAGGCCGCGACAUUUUAAGAAUGGUUUUCAUUCAUGA